AUGGGGAGAGCUAAGAAGACCAGAAAGUUUGCGCUAGUGAAGCGAACGCUGAAUGCCAAGAAGGACACACGCAUAAAAGCCAACGCUGAGAAGGAAGCCAAGAAAGAUGACCCGGAACUGACGAAGCACAUCCCGCAGGUCUCCAGCGCGCUGUUUUUCCAGUAUAACCAGGCCAUAAAGCCGCCAUACCAGGUUCUGAUCGAUACCAACUUCAUCAACUUCUCCAUCCAGAAGAAAAUAGAUCUCGUGCGCGGCAUGAUGGACUGUCUGCUCGCCAAGUGUGUGCCGCUGAUCACAGACUGUGUCAUGGCCGAGUUGGAGAAGCUCGGACCCAAAUACCGGAUAGCGCUGAAGCUUGCGCGGGACCCCAGGAUCAAGCGCCUAAACUGCUCACACAAGGGCACGUACGCAGACGACUGCCUCGUCAACCGUGUGCUGCAGCACAAGUGCUACAUCGUGGCCACAAAUGACGCGGGCCUCAAGCAGCGUAUCCGUAAGGUGCCUGGCAUCCCGCUAAUGAGCGUGGGAGGCCACUCAUAUGUCAUCGAGAAACUACCUGAUGUAUUCUAG